AUCGUGACUAGCUUCAGUUGCACAUGAAGUAGCAACUGCUGUCAUCCGAUGUGCUCAUUAUUGCAAGUCGUGCGGACCACGCAACAAUUUCGAAGCAUCAGUCAUCGGCCACUGCACCGACAGCUGCCCCUCGUCGCGUCAAGACCCUCUUUUCUGUUGCCCCUCAACACCAAUGCCUCAUCGUGCCUUCCCUCUCCAUUCAAUUUGAACAGCAUAACAACGCCAAGAGCUUCUCCCAGACACUUCACCACCACUUCCACACUCCACACCUCCACAAUGACCGACACAAACGUCGAAGCCGCCAAGCGCGCAGCUGGCCAGCAAGCUGUGGCCGACCACUUCGACGCCAACGCCUCAUAUGUAGGUAUUGGCAGUGGAACAACCAUCGUCUACGUCGUCGAGGCCAUCAAAGAGCGCUCCACCAACCCCGCCAUCCGUUUCGUACCCACGGGCUAUCAGUCACGACAAGUCAUCAUCAAUGCCGGUCUCACACCUCUGGGCUUCGACAGCCUGCCUGAUGGUGUGAUGCUCGACGUAGCCUUCGACGGCGCCGACGAGGUCGAUUCAGAACUGAACUGCAUCAAGGGUGGCGGCGCCUGCUUGUUCCAGGAGAAGCUCGUCGCCGAGCGCGCAAAGAAAUUCGUCUGCGUGGCAGACUACCGAAAACGUCAAGACCGCCUUCUCACACAAUGGCCCACGAUACCAAUCGAAGUCGCUCCUCUCUCGCAGAACAAGGUCGCCGCGGCGCUGAAGACAUUAGGAUCCACGAACCCUAAGCUGAGAACGACGCUUCUUGAUAAGUCAGGGCCUCUCAAGACCGACCAGGAUUUCUACAUCAUCGACGCCGCAUUCCCCACACUGUUGACAAGGAAGGAUGUGCAGGAGGGACGUGGGAAGGGCGAUGGGAGCGACGGCACAUGGGAAGUCAACAACAUCGCAAAGGCAAUCAAGAGCCUGACGGGUGUGUUGGAAGUUGGUAUCUUCUCUGGGCUGAACGGUCUGGACGCACAGGCGCUGAGGGAGAAGGACGGUGAGAGGUCAGCAGUCAGUGGUGGACAGGUCCCCGUUGCUGUGUACUUCGGUAUGCAGGAUGGCAGUGUAGUGGUCAGGACCGCGGAUGGCGAGCACUAGGGCCACCCAUCAGAUGAGUCCCGCACAUCUGCACCCGAGUGGAAGAUAACUCAGUACAUACGCGCUGAGUUGUCGAUGACGAGCGUGGAGGGCUACUUCGGGAACGCGUAUGGCGCAUCGGGAGUUGCAAUUACAAGCAUUGAUAGCAAAAGGUAGGCAGUAGCACGAAUUGACUGUAAC